GGCAGCAGCCACCCGAUGUCUUCGGCGCCCGAGAAGCAGCAGCCACCGCACGGCGGCGGCGGGGGAGGCGGCGCGGCCAUGGACCCCGCGUCGUCCGGCCCGUCCAAGGCCAAGAAGACCAACGCCGGCAUCCGGCGCCCCGAGAAGCCGCCCUACUCGUACAUCGCGCUCAUCGUCAUGGCCAUCCAGAGCUCGCCCACCAAGCGCCUGACGCUCAGCGAGAUCUACCAGUUCCUGCAGAGCCGCUUCCCCUUCUUCCGUGGCUCCUACCAGGGCUGGAAGAACUCCGUGCGCCACAACCUCUCGCUCAAUGAGUGCUUCAUCAAGCUGCCCAAGGGCCUCGGGCGGCCGGGCAAGGGCCACUACUGGACCAUCGACCCGGCCAGCGAGUUCAUGUUCGAGGAGGGCUCUUUUCGGCGGCGGCCGCGCGGCUUCCGAAGGAAAUGCCAGGCGCUCAAGCCCAUGUACAGCAUGAUGAACGGGCUCGGCUUCAACCACCUCCCGGACACCUACAGCUUCCAGGGCUCCGCCGGCGGCCUCUCGUGCCCGCCCAACAGCCUGGCGCUGGAGGGAGGUCUGGGCAUGAUGAACGGCCACUUGCCGGGCAACGUGGACGGCAUGGCUUUGCCCAGCCACUCGGUGCCCCACCUGCCCGCCAACGGCGGCCACUCGUACAUGGGCAGCUGCGGCGCCGCAGCGGCCGGCGAGUACCCGCACCACGACAGCUCGGUGCCUGCUUCCCCACUGCUGCCCGCGGCCGCCGGUGGGGUCAUGGAGCCCCACGCCGUCUACUCAGGCUCCGCAGCCGCCUGGCCGCCCUCUGCCUCCGCGGCGCUCAACAGCAGCGCCUCCUACAUCAAGCAGCAGCCCCUGUCCCCCUGCAACCCCGCGGCCAACCCCCUGUCCGGCAGCCUCUCCACGCAUUCCCUGGACCAGCCGUAUCUGCACCAGAACAGUCACAACGCCCCAGCUGAGCUGCAAGGCAUCCCGCGGUAUCACUCGCAGUCGCCCAGCAUGUGUGACCGAAAGGAGUUCGUCUUCUCUUUCAACACAAUGGCAUCCUCGUCCAUGCACUCAGCCGGCGGUGGCUCUUACUACCACCAGCAGGUCACCUACCAAGACAUCAAGCCGUGCGUGAUGUGAGGCCACAGCCCCCGGGGCCCUCCGGGCAGGGGCUGGCCGGGUACUGGGACUUCGGAACCCAUCGCCAGAAACUGCUUUAUUUUCGAGGUAUAACCGUUGGC